AUGGCGGACGCUGUUCUCGGCUACGUGGUACAACGGAUCUGCGAUCUCCUCAUCGAUGAAGCGGUCUUCCUGUUCGAAGUGAAAGAUCAGGUGGAGUGGGUCAAGGAGGAGCUCAAGACGAUGCAGUGCUUCCUCAAGGAUGCCGACACGAAGAGCAAGGGGGACGAAAAUGUGAAGAACUGGGUGAGGCAAGUGAGGGAAAUCGCUUAUCAGGCGGAGGAACUCGUCGAGUCUUACGUCCUCGAUGCCGAGCAGAGGCGACGACGGAGAAAGGGCUUCAUCAGAACCAUUGUGUGUUGCCGCCUUCCAUCCCCCAACGGCUUUAUCGUACUCCACCAAUUCGGUAACGAGAUCGAGGCCAUAAGGGCCAAAAUCCGUGAAAUCAGUGAACGAAGAAUCACCUACGGAAUCCAGGACCUGGGCGGAGAGCCGGGGAAGCAGAUCGACAAGACAGUGCGGGAACGAAGGCGGGCCAUUCUCCAUGCCCCAGAUGCUGAUCUGGUCGGCAUGGACGCGGAGACGAACAAAAUCCUGGGACAUCUGUUGGACGGGAGCAGGAAGAGGCGGCCGGUAAUCUCCAUUGUAGGGAUGGGCGGCCUCGGGAAGACCACUCUCGCUAAGAGAGUCUUCAACGAAGCAAAAGCCAGGUUUAGUCUCUCGGUUUGGAUCGAUGUCUCCCAGCAGUACUCAGCUGAGGGUCUCCUUCGAGAAAUUCUUCGUCAGGUCACGAAGCUCAAAGUAAAGGAACUCGAGGAAAUGACGAGGACCGAGUGUGAAGCGACGGUUUACCAGACCUUGAAGGCGGAGAACUACUUGAUCGUCAUGGAUGACGUGUGGGACAAGGAGGUCUGGACAAUCCUCAGUCCGCAUCUCCCAGACGCCCAGAACGGAAGCCGGGUGCUCAUCACCACCCGCUACGUCGAAGUCGCCCGAGCUGCGGACCCAUCUACCCCUCCCCUUGAGCUGCGACUACUUGACGAUGAGGAGAGCUGGGAGCUCCUCUCCAAGAAGGCGUUCCCGUAUCAGGAGGAUAUCAAAGCAGUCUGUUCAGAACCGCUGAGGAAUGUCGGGAAAGAAAUCGCGAGGAAAUGCGGGGGCUUGCCUCUGGCUCUGGUGGUGCUCGGCGGUCUGCUAUCGACGAAAGGUCCAUCACUCGGGGCGUGGAGGAGGGUCGCGGAGACGCUCGUCUGGGAAACCAGCAAAGAUGGCCGAGUGUGCUUGGAUAUACUGGCGCUGAGCUACGAGGACUUGCCCCGUCGCCUAAAGUGUUGUUUCCUUUAUUUCAGUUCUAUUCCAGAGGACUUCGAGAUUAAUGUCGACAAGCUGAUUGGAUUGUGGAUCGCGGAGGGGUUCGUCGAGCAAAGAGCAGGUGAAACACUGGAAGAAACUGCAGAGGAUUACCUGGAAGAGCUCGUCCAGAGGUGCAUGGUGAUCCGUGUGCAAGAUGAAUCUGGCCCGAUAAUUGAGGUAAGUUGCCGGAUCCAUGAUCUGCUGCACGAUUUGACCGUUGCAGAGGCUAAGGAAGUGGGCUUCCUCGUCUCUCACGGGAUCCGAGACGACGAAGGCGUCUCCCAACUGGAUUCCUCCGUGCGUCGGCUUUCUCUUCAGGGGGAAAAAGCGUGGUGCUGGGACUCGAAGUCCACCCCAAGACUGCGGACCUUUCUGUCGUUCGGAACCCGUUGCGAAGUUGAUAUAAAUAGAGUCUUCUCCGAUCGAGAUCUGAAACUGCUCAAAGUCGUCGAUCUGGAGGGGGCACUAUUCGACGAAUUGCCAGAACAAGUUGGAGACCUGAUCCAUCUGCGAUACUUGUGCUUGAAAAAUACAGGGAUAACAAGUCUUCCGUCUUCAGUGGCGAAACUUCGUCAUCUACAGUUCUUGGACGCAGAGGGGACGCGGAUCAGAACGAUGCCGAGAGGUGUCUGGAAGAUCGCUGCCUUACGACAGGUCCUCAUUCCCCCAGAAGUGGAGCUGAAUAUGGUGGAGGCAGGCUUAAGAAGCUUGCAGGUGCUCAAGGUCGUCGGGGCCGGGAGGUGGAUAGAUAGCUGCCUAGGAAGCCUUACCAGUCUCCGGGAGCUGCAGAUAAAAGGCAUCCAAGACUGUCAUCAUUCCGGGCUGUCAUCUGGGCUAUCGAAGUUGCGACGCCUGAAGAAGUUGUACUUGGAAGGCGAGUGGAUCCCAGAUUGUCUAUGGACACCGUCGAGCUUUUCUUCUCUUCAAGUCUUAUGCCUGAGUGGGAAAGUGAGGAGGCCACCACAGCAAUCAAUUUCUGGCGGCGACCAUUGGCCCCCCAUUCUCACCGAACUCACACUGUUCCACACCAGUCUGGGUCAAAACUCGAUUGCGGCGCUCGAGAAGCUCCCUGAACUUAAAUAUCUGUAUCUAUGUGCUGGAUCCUACAAAGGGAACGAGAUGAUCUGCUCCCGCGGUGGGUUCCCGAAACUAGAGACCCUAGAACUUGUUCAACUGGACGAGUUAGAGACGUGGGUAAUUGAGGCCGGGGCCAUGGCCCCCCUGAGGAGCUUGAAGAUCUGCUACUGCGAAAAGUUGGCGAUGCUUCCGGAAGGGUUGCAAGAGAUGGCUGCUUUAAAGUACCUCAUUUUGUAUGUCAUGCCGCCUGAAAUCUGUUCUAGAGCUCAAAAGGGAGGAGAGGACUGGCCCAAAAUACAACACGUACCUUUAAUCGGCAUUGCAGUCACAUCGAGUGACGGCGAGGACAUAAACGUGCAGUGGAUUACGGAUUAA